UUAACAGCUGUUCAUUGGCCACUUGUCCUGUUCAUCUAGCAGCCUCAUGUUUACCACUUACCAGCCUGGUUUCAUUUAGUUAAUUUAAAUAUUCGUUCGCUUCUUUCAUACCUACGUAGUUUAACAGUAUACUACCAUUUUAUGAAGAAGUUUUUUCUGUAAAUUCAACAAUGACGCUAGUAGCAGUUCAAAUAUUAUUGUGCAUAAGUUUACUCAUCAACGCUCCUCAAGUCAAGGCUGACUGUCAGAUAGACCCAAGUGUGGCUGAGCAAGACAAGCCAGCUGUAUCUGAUGUUAUCAACCUUCUCAAGCCAUUUGAGGGUCAAUUGCUUAAGGCUCAGGGUGCAGGAGGCGUAAGCUACCUGGUCUCGGUGUGCGGGGCGGACGUUGCGUCAGAUCUAGCGCAGUCUGCGGUCGUGGAGGUGAACGGCACCAGCAGGAUGGUCGUCGGCCUCAGCAACAGAACCAUCGCCAGCCAGGGAGAUGACUGGCUGCAGUUGCUGUGGCUGAGCAACACGUCGUACAACAACACGCCAACCUGCGCGGGGAGUAACAGGAGCGUCAGGCUCUUGAUCGCCUGUAACGCUGAUGUAUCGGGGGCGUUGGAGCUUCGCGUGGACGCUGCCCCUGGCGCCAGUUGCUUCACGUCUCUCUCUGCCUCCCAUUCGUUGGUCUGCUCAGCUUCUCACCAGGGUCUAGGGGGCUUCUCUGUCUUCCUGAUCAUUAUGACGGUCUUGUUUUUGACUUAUUUGUGCCUUGGUGGCGCCUACAUGCGCUUCGUCAAAGGGGCUAAAGGCGCAGAUCAGGUUCCUCAUAAGGAGUUCUGGUUCAGGACUGGAAACGCCUUUGCCGACUGCUGCGGGGCGUUGUGUCGCUGCGACAAAUAUUUCGGUGACGGAAACUUUGACGACUACACGUCGGUGUCCGGCGCGUCCGCAGCCUACGCUGGUGACGGUGCUCUGAGAGCCGGAGGAGGGCAGAGCUACCAGACCGCCGGCUACUCUGAACCUCGAGAACAGCUGCUCAGCAACCAGAGAAGUUCCGACUCUGAGCUGCUGCAGCCCUGAACCUGAGGAGUGAACCUGGCUGUGUGAAACUUGGACGUUCAUCGUAGACUUGUUCUUUUCUUUUUUAAUCUUAAGUCCCUCAGACGUUGAAGACCAGACUUCUAUCCCUCAGACGUUGAAGACCAGACUUCUGUCCCUCAGACGUUGAAGACCAGACUUCUGUCCCUCAGACGUUGAAGACCAGACUUCUGUCCCUCAGACGUUGAAGACCUGACUUCAGUCCCUCAGACGUUGAAGACCUGACUUCAGUCCCUCAGACGUUGAAGACCAGACUUCAGUCCCUCAGACGUUGAAGACCAGACUUCUGUCCUGCAGACGUUGAAGACCUGACUUCUGUCCCUCAGACGUUGAAGACCAGACUUUAGUCCCUCAGACGUUGAAGACCUGACUUCAGUCCCUCUGACGUUGAAGACCAGACUUCAGUCCCUCAGACGUUGAAGACCAGACUUUAGUCCCUCUGACGUUGAAGACCAGACUUCAGUCCCUCUGACGUUGAAGACCAGACUUCAGUCCCUCAGACGUUGACCAGACUUCAGUCCCUCAGACGUUGACCUGACUUCAGCGCUGAAGACUUGAAGACUUCACUUCCCACUCUAAUUUUUCCGCCACCCCUCCCCUGCAUCUCAAGAAGUGGUCUGUUUUCUAUCAUUUGUUUUCUAGUACACGAAUGGGGCAUUCACUUUAAACUGAGAUAAAUUCAAGUGAGUAAACAUUCACUCACUGUAAUUAUGUUAUCAUUUACACACUAAAGUUUCUGCGUGCAUCAUAUCAUGGCAGGUUUGUAUCUCUAGCUUGUCCGCGACGUUGUCCGUCGUGAAAAGAAGCUGUUAUAAUUAAUAUAAUGUUGUAAAACAAAACACAUGUUCAAUAAUCACAUUACUGGAGACAUAUUAACCUAACUAUUGAAAAAUUAUGCUGACUAUAAUAUAAUGUUUUCUUUAUUAUAUUGCUAAAUAUUGCUGUCAUGAAGUUGAUGGUCCUUGUUAACGAUCUCUGUAAUUACUACUUUUAUGUUUUAUAUUCAUGCAUUAGAAUCACAUAAUAUAUUUUGAUUUUUGAUUAACAGCUUUUGCAGUAAAAUUAAGAACACAGUGCCCGAUAUAUAUUUUCUGGUCCUAUUUUUCUGAUAUUUUUGAUUGCAUGCGCUAAUAUUGUUCAUAAAAACUAGUCAACGUAAGUCUUUCUUGAGAAAAUUUCAGCGUCCAAGAAGUUUAUUGCGUAAAAUGUCCUCGAAAAAAGAGUAGGUAUUGUCGCCACGACGCUGCGUUUUUCAGUAUUGCCUUAAGAUGUUGGGAGGAUUUUUUUUCGUUAGUUUUUUAUAUCGUAGAAAGGAAUUUGUUUUAAGCGUUGUUUUCAUCGUUAGGAAUGAUUUUCCUUCUAUUUUGCUUAUUGUGUCUUUUUCUCUGCCUGUUUCUUUGUCGAGACGAGAUGUUUAGUUAUGUCUUCCUGGGUUUAUUUUUUUAUAUUAAACUCAUAGAGAAGAUUAGAUUUUUGCCUACGUUUGUUCCCGAUGAGUUUUUGCGCCAUCGUAUUUUGUUUCACUAGAUUUAUUCGUGUUAGUUUUAUAAAUAUUUUCAAUAUCUUUUGCUGGAUGUGGAGUUUGUUUUGACAGCUGAAACUUGUUAGUUUUUCCUGCACAAUAUAUUUUUUUAUUGGCCGUGGAGGAAAUGUGUUCUUUUUUCCGCUUGGAAAUGUUCCUUUUUGUAGAGAAAAAAUUACUAUGAUUUAAAAAAAACUAUGACAUGAGUUGCCUGCUUGCACCGUGAAUCUUGAUGAAUAAUUCAUGCACGUGUUUAUAUUGCACACUCAGCUAAAUGAGUGAGUAGAUGGCCCAAGCGAGUGCACCGUUUUUCCUAUAAUGCGACCCAUUGACUCACUUACGUUGAAUUUUUCUUGACGCACUUCUGUGUUUAAAAAACGUAAUAUUUUGCUUCCGUGAGUCAUUCUCUCACUCAGUUGUCUGAGUAGCUGUGUGCGGUGUAUUGGAUUUGUAUUAUUGUUGCGAAUAUGUUAUGUACGUCGCUGAUUGGCUUUAGCUGUUCAAACUCUGAUGUUUGGUUUUUUAGUGCAGGUCAUGCGUGUUUGAUGAUUGGCUGGCGUUGUUCAAGCCUUAAUUUCUGAUUGGCUGGCGUUGUUCAAGCCGUAAUGACUGAUUGGCUGGCGUUGUUCAAGCCUUAAUGGCUGAUUGGCUGGCGUUGUUCAAGAUUUAAUGGCCGAUUGGCUGGAGUUGUUCAAGACUUAAUGGCUGAUUGGCUGGCACAUUUAAUGCCCUGAUGGCUUAUUGCUGGCACAUUCUAAUCCUUGUUGGGGGAUUGGCUGGUGCCGUUCAAUCCUUGAUUGGUAAUUGGCUGGCGCAAUUAAAGCCCUGAUUGAUGAUUGGCUGGCGCUAUUUAAACCCAGAUUGAUGAUUGGCUGGCACAGUUCAAGUCUUUAAUUGUGCUUGACGAUUGCAGGUCGGACUCUGGUGGGAGAUUGGCUGUUCUAUUAUUUUCUCCGCAUUAAUAUAUCUGUGUUGAUAUACUCUCCUUGUCGGUGUAGCGUAAAAACCGUCUGUCCUUACGUCGUGAUUGGGCUCCCUGGUAGUGACGUAAGAACUUGUUUCUCGUACGUCGUGAUUGGCUCCCUGGUCGUGACGUAAGAACUUGUUUCUAGUACGUAGUGAUUGGCUCCCUGGUCGUGACGUAAGAACUUGUUUUUCGUACGUCGUGAUUGGCUCCAUGGUCGUGAUGUAAGAACUUGUUUUUCGUACGCCGUGAUUGGCUCCCUGGUUGUCGUGACGUAAGAACCUUCGGUAUGUUUGCUGUGAUUGGCUCCGUGGCCGUCUCCUAAGAAAUAAAAUGUAAUAUUUCA